UGUUGUAUCCCGACCGCGCCCGGGUUCUCCCGACGAAUACAUUUUCGGAAUUCGAAUAAGUACAGUGAGUUUUUGUUAUGUGACACAGUGUUUGUGUGUUUGUGUGUGCAGUGCAAUGGAGUAUUCGUGUUCUGUGUGUGCAAGACUAUUGCGAGAGACUCCAGUUUCGUAAUGAUAACCCGGUAAAUGGUCCGACGGAGGCUACACCCAAGGCAAAAUGGUCAACUUAUAGCAUCAAGUAUACUCUGUACCACAUACCUCGACCGUUGGCGCUGGAGGCGGAAAGAUGUUAAUGCUGAUUAUACUCCACUUCAUAACACUUCCCGCACUGACUUCGAGGAUCGUACGAGGUGAUAGCACAAUGGAAGAUAAAAAUAUGCCUUUAAUAAGCUCAAGAGUUGUCCGGACUAAAUACGGUGAUAUUAGAGGUUUUAUAGUCACACCUGAAUCCAGAUUCCUGGAACCAGUAGAAGUAUUUCGUGGUAUUCCUUACGCCUCACCUCCAGUUGGGACACUGAGGUUUAUGCCCCCAGUAUCUGGGGCACAGUGGUCAGGGGUCAAGAUAGCGGAGGAGUUCAGUCCAGUCUGCCCACAAGUUUUGCCCGAUAUAAGAAACGAGACUGCAGUUUUGAAGCGAAUAUCGAAAGGGAGGUUAGAAUAUCUGAAGAGGAUAUUGCCUUUUUUGACAAAUCAAUCAGAAGAUUGCCUCUAUUUGAAUAUCUACGCGCCCGCUCAAGCAGGAGUCAGAGACGCAGUGGCUCGGUACCCCGUCCUGGUGUUUGUGCACGGAGAGAGCUACGAGUGGAGUUCCGGAAACCCAUACGACGGGGCUGUGCUGGCGUCCCACGCCGGCUUAGUGGUCGUCACCAUCAACUAUCGACUGGGGAUAUUAGGUUUCCUCAACCCUCGCUCGGACGACUAUCCCCGAUCUCCAGCCAACUACGGCUUGAUGGACCAGAUAGCUGCCCUGCACUGGAUCAAAGAGAACGUCGCAGUAUUUGGUGGUGACCCAACGAAUGUCACGCUGAUGGGCCACGGAACUGGCGCAGCGUGUGUACACUUCCUCCUUACUUCGCUUGCAGUACCGGAAGGUCUUCUCUUCCACCGAGCAAUACUGAUGUCAGGAUCAGGUCUAAGCCCGUGGUCGUUAGUGGCGGACCCAAACAGAUACGCUGAGUUAGUCGCCACUCACGCUAACUGCUCUCCUGACCUCACACCUCCAGCACUGCUCCGGUGUUUAAGAGAGCGCCCGCUAGAAGCUCUUCUCUCGGCACCAGUCCAAGCGCCAGACUUUUCCUAUGCAUUCGGUCCAAGUGUCGAUGGAGUUGUAAUUGAUACUGGAGACAUGCUCAUCAACCCGGAGCCAGGCUACGAGUGGCAAGUGGCCCAUGCUCCGGCGGGCAAGGGAGCCACUGCUGUGAACAUCAUCAACGCCGUCCUCAUGAGAAAGAGUGCCAUUGCUCAGCUUACCAAGUAUGAUCUGAUGCUGGGUGUAACAAAGGCGGAAGCUUAUUUCGCAUUCAGCGGAGACGACGUCCAAUAUGGUAUAGAAGCAGACAGAAGAUCGAAGAUCCUCAAGUCAUUCGUCAGGAACACAUACAGCUAUCACUUGUCGGAGAUCCUCGCCACUAUUAUAAAUGAGUACACAGACUGGGAAAGACCCGUCCAGCAUCCUAUAAAUAUUAGAGAUGAAACACUAGAAGCACUAAGCGACGCCCAAGUCGUAGCGCCGACGGUUUUGACAGCUGACACACAUUCUGCGCUGCGAAGAAACUCCUACCUUUAUGUGUUCGACUAUCAAACGAAAUACGGGGAUUACCCACAAAGACAGGGUUGCAUCCAUGGCGAGGAGCUGCCGUACAUUUUCGGAGCACCCCUCGUCGGCGGCUUGGCACACUUCCCGCGUAACUACACAAAAUCCGAAGUAGCGCUGUCGGAAUCAGUUAUGCUGUAUUGGGGGAACUUUGCCAAGACAGGGAACCCGAACGAAGCUCAGGAAAGUGAUCCAAUUAGAGCAGGAAGACAAGAAAGGGUAAGAAUGAAGAAUAUCGAAUGGACUGCAUAUGAAGCUGUACACAAAAAGUAUCUCAAUAUCGAUAUAAAGUCAAAAUUGAAGAAUCAUUAUCGAGCUCAUAGACUGUCAUUUUGGUUAAAUUUAGUACCAGAUCUUCACCGACCAGGUGGAGAAGAUGUUCCUCAGUCUCACCAUCAGCUUGAAAAUGAGGAUACUUCACUGCAACCAACAAUAAAAAGUUUUACACCACCUUUCAAAAAGACUACAGAAAUGGUGCUAACGGACACUGGUAUAGCCACCAAAGUUCCUUUGUUAACUGUUCUAAAUGUUACAUCACCUUUGAAUUUCAAUAUAGUGGGACUUAAUUCUAUGACUCCAAGUACCGUAGGGGCGUCAGAAGUCCAUAAAUCUGAAGGUUCUACUGCUGCUCCUCCAGAAGACGGAUUCGCAGCGUACUCGACUGCACUUAGUGUAACAAUAGCCAUAGGUUGCUCUUUGCUCAUACUAAACGUAUUAAUAUUCGCUGGUGUUUAUUACCAGAGAGAUAAGACUAGAAUGAAUGGCCAAGAUGGGCAUUCGAAUGGAUCUCAUCUAAAGAAAAGAGUAGAAAACGGCCAGAUGCCUAAUAAUAUCUGUGGUGAUUUAGAAGGAGCUUUAUCUUUUCAAACUAGCCUCAAAAGUGAUCCAGCCACCAUUUUGAGCCAUCACCAUACACACUCACACCAUCAACUACCUCCUCCAGAGUUUGCUGACUUACCUAGUAAUAAUGUAGCAGGGAUAGCCACUUUGCCAAGAGCACCGCCACCUCCUAAAAUAGGGAAAAGUAAUAUAAAUACGCUGGCUAGCGGCCAGUUACAAGAAAAUCAGCCAUUGUUGUCUGCACAUCAAAUGCAAAUGAUAAAUACAAGUACGCUGACAAAGAAGAACACGCAGUUAAACGCAAAGUCGAAUGUGACUAUGGAGGAACUGAGAGUGUGACGCCAGCGUGCCUGACUGCAGCGAGCCGGCAGUUGCAGUGACGUGGUACACCACGACGAGAUCGUGUGACUCCCGCCGGACCUUCUCAAGUGCGUUACAGAUUAUAUUUGACUUUCAACGCGCUAAUAAGAAG